CUCAUAGUCAGUUUGGGGGUCAGAGCUCGACGUAUCCUGGAGUCCUGAUUGGUUAACUUUUUUCUUAGGGUAUAUUAAAACUCGAGCAUAUUCAAAAGACUCUGGUCGCAGUCCUGGAAGGCUGCACGCCAGAAAUUAUAAAUUGUCCUAGGAACCCGUUGUUGCAGGCGGUAACGCUUGCUAGCUCGGCUCUUCCUAGUUAAAAAGAAGCCGUUUCGGCUUCUUACCCAAAGAAAGCAACCAAUUCCACCUAUUUAUUAGUUUGGAUGGUUUAACAGUUUUACGUGUGGGAAGGGACUAUAGAUUGGCGUAACCAUGCGCCUUCAGGAGUGUGUCUGUGUAGUGGUACUUCUGGUUGUUACAGUCGCAGCCGCCCCGGAGAAAGAUCGAGGGUGCACAUAUCUAGGAAUUCAGUACGAGAACGGAGCAGUAUGGCUGCCAAAUAAUGAGGACAAAUGUUUUGAAUGUCUUUGCGACAAUGGCGAGGCUCUCUGUUCCUUCCUUGCCGACUGUGACGGUUACGCCUCCGCCCUCACCGCAGAGGAGAAAAAGAUGAGGGUCAUGGCUGCCGUCACCGGACUGCCUGGUGAGGAUGGAGAACGAGGCCCACAAGGUCCAAAGGGAGAGGCUGGAGAUUCCGGUCCUGAUGGAACUAAUGGUGUCCCCGGACCCCCUGGCUCCCCAGGACAGAGCGAGAUGGUAAGUCUCUCUCUCUCUCUAACUACGUCUAGAUUCUCUAAUCUACUGUGAUGAAUCGGGUAUUGUGG